AAGACUCAAUAAAAUUGCAACGCAUCUCAAAAUGGCCAGCCAAUCUGAUAUUCAUCUAUACACCUUCGGGACGCCAAACGGCAUUAAGGUCUCUAUCCUCCUUGAGGAGCUCGGGUUGUCCUACCAGACCACAUCCAUCGAUAUCACGAAGAAUGUGCAGAAAGAGGACUGGUUUCUCGAUAUCAACCCCAAUGGCAGGAUUCCGGCCUUGACCGACAAGUUCACAGAUGGCUCCACCAUCCGACUGUUCGAGUCGGGAUCGAUCAUGCAGUAUCUCGUAGACAAGUACGACACGGAGCACAAGGUGUCGUAUCCUCGUGACACCAAAGAAUACUAUGAGGUGAACAACUGGCUGUUCUGGCAGAUGGGAGGUCUAGGACCCAUGCAAGGGCAAUCCAACCACUUCACCCGAUAUGCACCUGAGAAGAUCCCCUAUGGAAUUUCUCGUUACCAGAACGAGACCCGCCGUCUCUAUCGUGUCAUGGACGUUGCGCUCGCCAAGUCCAAGUCCGGAUUCCUCGUGGGUGACAGGGUGACGAUUGCUGAUAUGAGCUGCUGGGGAUGGGUUGCCUCGGCUAAGUGGGCUGGCGUGGACAUCGAUGAGUUUCCCAACCUGAAGGCCUGGCUGUACAAGCUGCUCGAGCGCCCUGCCUUCGAGAAGGGUCGUCACGUCCCAACACCGCACACGGCUUUUGAGAAAGCCAAGCUGAGCGAAGAGGAGUUGGAUAGGCAGGCGGCCAGUGCCCGGAAUUGGGUGCAGGCCGGCAUGAAGGAGGAUAGCAAGAAAUGAGAGGCAUCUAGCGACGGUACUGUUUCUUGAGGGUCGAGAGAUUGCCAGAGCUGUAGUUCUCAUGGUUAUUGUGCGAGGCCUGUGAGUCACUGGCCAUGCUAGUGCCAGGCAACCUCGACCUAGAUAGCCUCAGCCAGCUGGCUGCUUUCCCCUUCGUCUUUCCUCCCUCUGCCUUCUUUCUGUAGCGCAUCAAUGCACUCAUCUCCAUAGUUGUAGUGCUCAAAUAUCACGAACCCGCCCCCUUCCCCCCAA